UCUGCGUUUGGCCGCCUGUCUUUCAAAAGAUUCCAAAAGCCACCUCUCUCUCUCUCUCUCUAGACUUCUCGUUCUUUUUAGCUAUAAAUACCUAACCACCUCGUGUUUUCCGCUUGUCAAGCCCAUAAGCCUAAUCUGAGUCCUGACCAUCGAACUCUCGUGUUUCCUCUUUGAUCUUCUACUAACUCGGGGUAAAAAUGGCAACUGUGACUGUUCCCUCUCAAUGCAUGGUCAAAACCACACCUAAAAGUCAGUUUGCCAGUGCCAUUAUCAAGCGUCCAUCUUCUCUAGGAUCAGUAAGGAGCAUCUCAAAACGUUUUGGGUUGAAAUGCUCCCAAAACUUCAAAGCAUCAAUGGCAGUGUACAAAAUUAAGCUGAUUGGACCAGAUGGUGAAGAGAAUGAGUUUGAAGCCUCUGAUGAUACAUACAUCCUAGAUGCUGCUGAGGAAGCUGGAGUUGAGCUUCCCUAUUCUUGCAGGGCUGGGGCUUGCUCUACUUGUGCUGGGAAGAUGGUGUCAGGUUCGGUAGAUCAGUCUGAUGGUUCGUUCCUGGAUGAGAAUCAAAUGAAAGACGGUUAUUUGCUGACUUGUGUUUCAUACCCAACUUCAGAUUGUGUGAUUCACACCCACAGGGAAGCUGAACUGUGCUGAGCAAUAUUGCAUUCAGAUUCAGUAGUUCAUGAAAUUUCUCUGUAAGCCUAUUAGGGAUUCCUCAUUGUGGUGAAGGUUCUUUUGGAGAUUUUGUUCUUUUUAGUUUAUCUUAUAACCACAACGUCGGUGAAUUUAUCCAUCCAGUUUUUGUUGGUAAUAACUGUUGCCCAAAUUUAUGCAAUGUGACAAUUUUAUAUAUAAAUAUUGUUCUUACCUAUA